UAAAACUUGCAGUGGUGUCCGUGUUUAAAAGUGUCUUGAAUGAGAACCGUGCGUGUAUUUGAGUUCAGUAACCAUCUGUUGGGAGCUAACGGUUGCUAACUUUAAAUGUCGGUCACUGCUGAUUGGGCAGUUUGCUCGCACUUCCCUCUUUACGUCACAACAUCAACACGUGUGACUGCUUUGCCGUGUGGUUUAUGUUCAGGUUCAGGGGCCUCAAAGAAGGGUCUGCCACCUGCAGUGGUUUAUGGAACGGCAGCGUGGGAUGGUGGUACUGUCACAACCAGAAGAUUUAUCCAGUCUCAGACAACCCUGUUGGACCAGUGCCUCAGUCCAAACUGUGGGGUGGCGGGAGAAACGAAAGAAAGGAUGAAAGAACCAAGCCUAGAAAAAGAUGACAGUGUUAGGCUUGACACUGACAAAGAACAGCUGACGACUGUCCUGCAUGAAGAAACAAAAAAUGAGGCUUCACAGAUGUUUGAGCUACAACCCCCAGUUAAGGAGAAAGAAGCUGAGACCAGAAAUAGACAACAACAAGACAAAGUGGAAGGUCCCAUGCAAGAGGAUGAGGAAAUAAUUCACCAUAAGGUGUCCUAUAUGAAGAAAAACACAGAGUAUGGAUGCAUUUUUCCAACUGACCGCAUUAGUCCAGAGCAAGAACUUAAGGUACAAUUGGAGCACCUGCAGACAGAGGACAGUUCUCCAGAAACCACCUGUCCAGUGCAGAAAAAAAUAAAGAUACCAAGCUUGGAAGAGUCUGUAACUUCAGCUGAGCCCAGCAUAUCAGAAACCACCAUUCCAUUACAGGAGGAGAUUCAGACACCAAGUGUGGAAGUGUCAGACAAAACUACAGCAGAAGUGACGGAGUACUGGGAUGAAUAUGCGUUUCCCACUGCUGAUGGAAUCAAUGUUUGGGAAAGCUCUAAGUUGAUAUCUGCCUCUCUUCUCUCUCACACUCAAAACCACCUUAAAGUCGGUGAGGAAUAUGAUAAACAAACUGGCUGGCACUUUCCUGCAGGUCCUGGUCUGGCCGAAGCGCAGUGCCCACUGUGGCAAUGUCCUGCAAUGAGCUAUUACCCUCCAGCAGACCCAACAGUGCCUUUUGAAGUAAUGUGGCGAGUAAUGGAGGAGAGGGAUGAAACUGCCUCUGCAGCAGAGCCUGUCCUGAAACCAUUCCCAUUCACAAAGGCCUUGAUGGACUUCACUGUUAUGUCCUACAACAUCCUUGCAGAGGACCUACUAAAAGCCAAUCAGGAGCUCUACACACACUGCCCCCUGGAAGUGCUGGACUGGAGCUACCGCUGCAGCCUACUACUCGAGGAAAUACUGAAAUGGGCACCAGAUAUUCUGUGUCUCCAAGAGGUUCAGGAGAACCACUACCACGAACAACUGUAUCCAGCCCUGUCUCAGAUGGGCUACGCCUGUGUGUACAAGCGCCGGACAGGGACCAAGACAGAUGGCUGUGCUAUUUGCUAUCGUAGCAGCUGCUUCUUGGAGUUAUCAGUCACACCGCUGGAGUUCUUCAGGCCUGAGACGGGGCUGCUGGACCGUCACAAUGUGGGCAUUGUUUUGUUGCUUCGUCCGGUGGUUACUCGGGGGUCAGAUGUUAAGGCGUUGGGCCCACCCCUCUGCGUGGCCAACACCCACCUGCUCUUCAACCCCAGGAGGGGUGAUGUGAAACUAGCUCAGCUAGCCAUAAUGCUGGCAGAAAUCGACAGAGUGGUCAAGUCCUGUAAGGCCAAAGGUGAACACUGUAACCUUAUAUUGUGUGGGGACUUUAACUCUGUCCCCCACAUGCCUUUGUACCAGCUGAUCACCACCGGUGAGCUCUAUUUCCAGGGGAUACCAGCGUGGAUGGUAUCCGGUCAAGAGGACUUGUCAUACAAAGUCCUUUGUCCCAGACUGUUUGCUCCCCUGUGGCCCAGCUGUCUGGGAAUCACUUGCAACUGCCAGUACGCAACUGUCCAGGAGAUACUUCAGAGCCAGAGACAGAAACCAGGGAAAGGUCAGUACAGCCACGACUUCUUGCUACAGCUGCGCUUCUGUCCAGCUGCAUGUGUCCGGCCUCUGAACUUGGAGCUGAUCCCUGGCGUGACUGACUGCACACCAGAUGCUUCAAGGGAAAAUCAUCAGCCUUAUGAUAAAAGGUUCAGACAUACUAUUUGUCAUCAGUUGGACUUGGAGUCCGUCUACAAACACGUUCUUCAAGGCUCCGGCAGCCCAGAAGUUACAACCCUGCACUCUGAAGUGGGAGCCACUGUCGACUACAUCUUCUACAGCCCAAGGCGCACCUUAACUGCUGACGGAAAAGCUGGUGGUGACUGUGUGAGAGAGGGUUUGAAGCUGACUGGUUCACUCUCGCUCCUAUCAGAGGAUGUCUUGUGGUCAAUGAAGGGCCUUCCCAAUUACAUAUUCCCCUCUGACCAUCUCAGUCUUAUGGCCAAAUUCCAGGUGGACCUGAAUGCCUCAUGACUGGGUGAGCCCAGAGAUGUUGCAGGAUAAGUAUGUUUCUGUGCAAAUGAUUCGUGUUUCGCUCUGUGCACAUUUGUUUUUUGUUCUUGUUUGUAUGGUAAGCAUGGAAAAAUAAUGUUAUGCUAGUGUAUUUGUUCCACUUGGUUUUCUUCAAAUUAAUGAUGCAGAGCUAUUACUGAGAUAUGACAAAUCUUAUUAAUGAUGAUGCUGUAAUAGUUCAUUUAAAAAUGAAAGGCAGUGACUGCUUUAACUUAUAUUCUUGUGAUUAUCCACUGACUUGUUCAUUUUGCCGUCAGCAACUGCUUUAUCAUAUUUUAUUUUAAACUCAAUUUUCAAAUGAGAAUUAGAUUUAUUUGAUGAGUCAGUUCUGUUCUUUCAGGUAGUAAAACUACUGAAUAUUUUUUUUCUUUAACACUUUAAAGAAAGCAAAGUCUGCCUCCCGAGCUGAGAUUUUGUUACUCUUUUCUGGGUUUAUAAUGUAGCACAGUUAAAUGCAUCCAACAGCACUAAAUCCUCCACUUGGUGUCUGACUCUUUGUGUAUCCUGCCCGAACUCUUGCUGAGAUUGUGACCUGAAUAUUGGCUCUGCCCCUCCCAUCCCACUACACUAAGGCACUCAGUGCGUCAGGGCGAAGAUGUCUGUGUAUGGUAGGUGUGUGUGGUUGAUGCAUGGAUGAAUAAUUCAUGCAGAUAGUUGAGUGUUCAUGCAUGACAGGGCUUGGCGAGAGAGCUUUGUGUUAUAUGUGGGCAGUAUGAUGUCUGCACAGGUGAUUCUCAUCAGUCUUUCACUCCUCAUUCAUUCUUGUCACUGUGUUAAUGUAUUCGCCGUAUAAUACAGUCAUCCGUGAGUUGAAAACGUUAAUGUA